AAUGGGCAGAAACAAAAAAAAGGGACAACACCGGGAUGAGGAAAUUGGCCGUGAGCAAAACAAAGUUGUUUAUUGCUGAUAAGCAUACAACCUGCAACCUGAUGAUCAGUGGGUCAGUCUCCUUCAGAGCAGAUCGUUGUUCCCCUCUGACUCUCUCUCUAACCGCCCUGCAUCCAGUGAUGUCCCUCCUGCUCCUCACCCUGCUCUCCUCUCUAGUGCUGCGUGAUGCUGAGGCGUGGGGCGCGGGCGUGAAGUAUGCGGUGAACUGCCCGGACAGAUGCAGCGUGGAGCGUUGCGGCGGCACUCUGCGCUGUGCGCGCACAGUCCUGGAUGACUGCGGCUGCUGCCAGGUCUGCGCGGCCGCCAGAGGAGAGCACUGCUACCGCACCGUGUCUGGGAUGCACGGCGUCAAGUGCGGACCGGGGCUGUUCUGCGAGUUUUACAAGGAUGAGGACGACUAUGGAGACGAGUACGGGAUUUGCAAAGACUGUCCUUAUGGGACAUAUGGGGUUGAGUGCCGCAAAACCUGCAGCUGCAAAGGAGGCAUAUGUGACAGGGAAACUGGAGCCUGCCUCACCCUCACAUUCUUUGCCAAAAUUGCCAGCAAGCUCAAAACUGGCCCUCAAGCAGGGUCUGAGAUUAAUUCAGGACAAGUGGUUUCUGCACAGAGCAUAGACAGGUCCAGUGCUCCAAAGAGGCUCAACCCUCGCUGACAAAAAAAGAAGGCAAAAAACUGUUCAAAUGUUCAGUCUAAAUGUAGCAUUAAUUUAUAUAUAAACAAAGUAUGUUUAACUAUGUAUGAGAUCAUCCUGACCAGCAUUUUAAAUCUUGUUUGGUUCUUUUUUAAUCUUUUCUGCUCUUUAAAUAUUGGUUUUAUUGCUUUUUCCCUUGUUGAUUGUAAUCUAUUGCAAUUCUAUAUUCAUCAACAAAUACUUUAAACAUCAGUUUAUCAUUUCCAUUAUAGCUCUGUAUGGUGCAUACAAACCAAAUGGGGGACAUUCUUGAAAAACAUGAACAAAUUGAUUUCAAUUUAUAUGAUACAGGUAACUGUUAAAGUAUACUAUUUUAGCCCAAAUCAAUUUCUAUAAUAAUGGAAAUGGUCUGACGUUUCCAGAAUGAAUGGAUUAAAAGAAUUUUAUGAUUAUACCCAAAUGCAUUUGAACCAGUAAAGUAAGCGCAGUUAAAUAUUUAUGGAAAUCCAAGCUGACUUUGCAAGAGUUAUUUGGGGCUUCUGUUGUCAAAUUAAAACUCUGAGUAGAGAUUAAAUUCAAACUUUACAACUCCUGCAAAAGAUAUAUAUAUUCUAAACAUUAAUGUUUGUUCAACCUUGUAUUUUAAUAACAUUUUAAAAUGUUGUUGCUAAAACUUUAACCUAAAAAAGAUACUUCUAAAUUACAGGAAAUGUUUUAAAAAAGAAACAUUAUUGAUGAGGUGUUAAUAACAUUUUCUUCAUCCAAGACCGUUUUGAUAAUUUUUGGGUUUAUUUCUGCAUAUUUAGUUGUUUCUUUUUAAAAUAAAUUAAAGUGAAUGAAGGUUUAAUUCCUAACAGCCAAAGUUUUUUUAAUUAUAUUUUGCCUUGUAUAUCAUUGCUGCUGAAAUUUACCUGUGGCAAUAUUUUUUGUUUUAUUGACUAUUUUAUUUUCAUAA